CACACGGCAACUUUCGAACAGGAAACCUAUCUGACGCUUCGGCCGUCGCUUUCUCUGUAUUCACUGGGCGUGUUUGGCGCUCAGUGCUCCAACCCAGCCAUGAGCAUCAUCGGGGCUGAGGACGAGGAUUUCGAGAAUGAUCUUAAUGAUGUGAUGGACGACCAGUGCCCGUACUUCAACCACAUAGAACUGGUGAAGGAACGGCCGACCCACCUGCUGAUCUUCAUGCAACAUGUCAUUCUGCAGUUUGACCCGGCGCCGCUGCUGUGUUACCUCCAUGCUGAACUCUUCAGGAACCUCAGUGCCAAAGAGACCAAGAAGCAAUUUGUGGAGUUCUACAACACUUUCUUGGACAAGGGGGCAAUUCUCAGAGUCGUACUUCCUCCUAAUGUCGCCUAUGAAUUGGACCGAACACGUCCUGAUCUGCUCCACGAGGACACCCAAAGGCGUUAUGCUUACGAGGUUCAGAGCCUGCAGGCUGCUGAAGUGGCCAAACAGCUUGAAGAUUUCAGGCAGAAGAGGAUGAUGGGUAUGACACCCAACGAGGCUGAGCUCAUUGACGUGGAGAACCACUAUCCCACCGACCGCAUCCCGAGGGAGAUGAAGGAGAAAUCUGUAGCUGAGAACCUGCUGGACAGGAUGUCCGAGACACAACCUUCAAUUGUCUCAGACGAGGAAAAAUGCCAAUCCAUCUUCACAGCGGUGGCCUUCUUCAUGAAGCACCUUGGGGUCAAAACCAGGGCAGUUGACAGUAAGAAGUCCAGAGGAGGGUUCUUCAGGAGACAGCUGGUAAAGAAUAAGAAGGAUGAAUCGACAAAGACAAAGCCCAGAGGGGUGUUUACUGGCAUCCCCAGCUGGAUUGCAGGCAACACUGACGUCAAACCUAAAACGGAGGCUGAAGCGGAAAAAGAGAAAGUGAAUCCGGAGCGUAAGGUUUCAGCUCCCGGCAGAGGCUCCUUGACCGAACCUGCAGCCCCUUUCCUCAACAGCAGGAAGUCUUGUUCCAGCGGAAGCCCCUCCUCUGUGCCUGGGUUAGAGAUCAGUGAUGGGUCAGGCAACAUCAGCACCACCAUCAGCCCCGAGUCUACACAAGCCGAUGGCCUCUCAAGCAAUCGCUUAGAGCCACCGACCCUGUCAGACGGGGGUGAUGUGUCCCCCAUCGCUGGUAGGGGGCUGACCCUCGGGGAGCCCCUCUCCCCUAUGGAAAUUCCCACAGAGGAAAAUGUGGAGAAAGAAAGUUUUGAUGGACCAGUUGUAUUUCCUGAAGGGCCCGGCCACUCCCCAACCAGCCCCUCUCCACAGCUGGAGGAGAUGGAGCCACGCCUACUGGAGUUUGAGUCGGACCCGCCCAACUGGAGAGAGCUGGCACCCCCUGAAGGCCUGUCCAGUCUCAGCAAGAGGGAGACCAAGAGGCAGGAGGUCAUCAAUGAGUUGUUUGCAACUGAGCAUGCCCAUGUGCGGAUGCUGAGUGUCCUUCAGAUGAUCUUCUCCAAGCCUCUGGAGAGGGAGGAGCUCCUGACCUCCAAUGAGUUGUCCACCAUCUUUCCGAACCUGGACGAGAUCAUUGAAAUGCACUAUAACUUCUACGAGAACCUGAAGAAACUGCGCUUGGAUGACAACUUCAUAGUCAAAUCUAUCAGCACCACUAUGCUCAGCAGAUUUGGAGGAACAGAGGGGGAGUGGUUCCAGAAAUUGACAGCCCGCUUCUGCAGUCACCAGUCGUGGGCCCUGUACCAGAUCAAGAGCAGGCAGAAGAAAGAGCCACGCUUCAACUCCUUCAUACUGGAGGCAGAGAGUAAGCCCCAGUGCCGCAGGCUGCAGCUCAAGGACAUCAUUCCCAUAGAGAUGCAGAGACUGACCAAAUACCCGUUGCUGCUGGAGAAUAUUGCCAAGAACACAGAGGACCCGACGGAGAAGGAGAGGAUCCAGCAGAGCGCAGACUGCUGCAGAAAGAUCCUCAACCAUGUCAACGAGGAGGUCAAAUUGAUGGAGAACCUAUUGACUCUGAAGGACUACCAGCGUAGACUGGACACAUCAGGGCUCAAACCCAGUAAUGACCUUUAUACGGAAUAUAAGAACAUCGACCUAACUCAGAAGAAGAUGCUUUAUGAAGGCCCUGUGACCUGGAGAGUCACAAAGGAGAAGGCAAUCGAGGUGCAGUGUGUGUUGCUCGGGGACCUGCUGGUGCUCCUACAGAAGCAGGACGACAAGAUGGUCCUCAAAUGCCAGAGCAAGAGUAACAUCGCAGUGCAGGAGGGCAAGCAGAUGCUGAGCCCCAUCAUCAAGCUGGACUCAGUCUUCCUACGAGAGGUGGCCACAGAUCGAAAGGCCUUCUACGUGAUAUUUACCUGGGACAGCGGUGCUCAGAUCUAUGAACUGGUGGCUCAGUCUCUUGGAGAGAGGAAAAUCUGGACCGAGGUGAUAAAGUCAGCAGUGGAUGAUCUGAAGAAGAGUGGAGCACCCAUGAGGUUAACGCUGCAGCCUGGAAGUGGAGGAGGAGCUCUCUUCAGUCCCUCCACGCUGACUGCCCCUUUGAGCCCGACUGAGAAUGGGGGUUUGAAAAGCAGUAGUGAUCGAGAUAAGGACAGCUUGACGGAUGACAAGUCUUCAGACCCCCGGCACAGGCUGAUUGAUUUCCUGUCAGACAAAGGCUUCGACUUGAUAGGCCACUCCAACAGCGAUCAGGAGAAGGUGGCCCACAGUGCUUUGGACGAAGUCAUGUCUCUGAAGAGGCUGUUGGUCGGCAGCAUUAGUCUGUCAGAAGACUCGCAGCCUGAUGGGGAAAACGGAGAGGAGCAUUCGGAGAGGCCCAGUCAGGAAACGGAUAGCUGUCAUUCAACAGAAGAAAGCCAGGCCACAGAGAGGGGAGCAGAGGAGGAGAACGACAACUCUUGUGAAAAAGAAGGUGCAGUGAUGAAGAGCGAGGAGGAGAGGAGCAUCAGUGCGCCCCUGGUGCUGUCCCAGGAGAGGAGGGAGGAAGUGUACAGGAGGCUCCACAGUCUGGAGGAACAACUAAAGAGGCUACAGACUGUAGAAGAGGAGCACCACAGGCUGCAGGAGGCCCUUUCCAAGUUCUCACUGGAGGGGGGCACCUUCUAGUGAGACCCCAUCAUGCCACCUGCUGGCCACUAGAUUUUUACUGGUGCUAGUUUGGAGUGCAAGAGUGACUUUCAGAAGCUUCCCUGGAAAUUCCUCAUAAAGUCAUGCCAGGACCCUUUGCUGCAUUAGGGGCUUUACACUCAGUGCAGUCGUUCAGUGAUGUGACAUGGGAGGGUGUGUGCAUGUGUAUGUGUCUGUUUGCGUGCAUGCUUGGUAGAGAGGUAUACAAAAAAAAAAACACACAAAGAAACAGGACAUCCUACUUUUGAAUGGAAGAAGAUUGUUUUGAGAGGUGCCAAAAAAAACUGAAGCAAUAUCUUUUGCUGUGAGAGAGAUGCUGCCUUACAAAAUGUAGUAAUUGCGAUCUGCUGUAACACACAUACGCACACCAGAGACAUGCACUCUAGAAUAUAAUUGACAUUAUUAGUAUAUGUGCAGUAAAAGAGAAAUCCUAUGCCUUUGCCCGCUGGGUUAGCUUUAACCAGGUGGAAGCCUUAAGGGGCCAAUGUAGCGUUUGAACAUGUAUUGAAAUACUACUGCUGAUAUAUAGUGUUAUUUCUAGUCUAUGCCAAAGUACCACAGAGAUGCACUUUUUUCUGAUCAAACUAAGUUGAAAUCACACUGUUUUUACAAAAUACAUUUACUCUCUAUUCAGUAUAGUUUUUGAACAGUUGGGCUGUAUGUAGGCAGACUUCAUUAUUGAGAAGAUUGCAUGCAAGAAAGUGUGUGUAUGUGUGUUACAGUUAAGUUUUUUUUUAAUUGAGGAUGUGCUUGUUUGGAGGGUUCUUACUGUUGUUAGGUCCCACAGAAACAUUUAUAAAUAGUGGCACUGUAGGUUAUCAUGCUGUUAAUAAUGGUGAUAAUGGUUUGUAUUUACCGCUUUUAUUUAUUCCUCUUGAGUUCUGAUGGGUCAGUGAGUUGCCUCGCCUGAGUGCAAGUGUUACAGCACUGGGCGCAUAAACAAUAAAUAGGCACAGAGCUAUGUGUUCGAGAAAAGACAAAACAAAAGAAGGCAAACCUAGAAUGUGUAACAAAGAUCAAUGUAGAGAGUGAAGACGAAAGCUGUAGGGAUGGGGAGUGAGUUUAGAGGUUGCAUUGGUUCAUUUGAAGCCGGCUUGUACCAGAUUGUCAUGAGACGAUGUGUAGAAAACAUGAGAUUAGGAUUUUACAGGAUUUUACACACACACACACACACAAAGGUCAUUCGAUGCCAGCAUCAUUUCUGCAGCGUCACCUUUCCCCGGAUUCAUAGCUCCUGGUCGAAAACACGGACUGAAGACGGGGUUAUGAAUUGUAUUAUAUAACGUUAGUUUCACAUGUUAUCAGCAAUAGAUUCUAUUCUUCCCUGGUUAGCAACUUUUGUAUCAAAACUGAGCUGUGUCUCUGUAUUUUAUUCAGCAGGUGAUUGUAAUUAUAAUUAUGAUGAUAUAAUUUCUGAGUAGUGGCAUAACUGUGGCCGUGCACACAGGACCAAAGACAUAAAUCACCGUUAGAGCCUCAUACGAGCUAUAAUUCUAUUAAUGGCCUCUGUGUAGUAACAUGACACCUAAAGCUAAUGGAGCAGUGAUCGCUCAGCAGCGCAACCUGCAGCUGCUUUUCCUCUCCUCCAACUCUAACAUGUGGCAACUUAAGUGAAGAGACUUCAAAAACCACAUAGAAAAAUGAAGCAUUGGUUGCAAAGAAAAAAAAAAAAACACCUUUUUUUCAAUAAAUGUAAAUACCAAGAUGUAGAAUGUUACACUGCCCUGGCCUCAUGACCAAAACCAAACUGCAGAGCUAUGAUUCCCUGCAUAUAAUGAAAGAAAGUUGUGUUAAUAAGUGGAUGGUCACUAAACACAUGAUUGGACCUGUUCCAGCUGCAAAUAUAAAGGCAACAAGACGGUGAAGCCAGAUGAGGAUACAAAGGAAACGUUGAAGGCUUGGAGGAAGGAAAACUGCGGUCUCAGUCCAGCAUCGCUCUCCCCGUCACUGUGGUCAUGAUCACUUCCUGAUAUGCAUUCUUACCCGUUGUUGCUACGACAACAAAGGCCCCCUUUGACCCCACUGAACCUCAGUGCAAAUGUUGGUGCCAUGAGUGACACGGGUUUCACAAGAUGCUAAAUUACAUACGUUUGUGUUUGAACAUUACUGCCAUCCCUCCACAUGUCUUCCUCUUGUAAAAUGUACAUAGAUGUUAGCUUGAAGGAAAUAUUAUGUAGAGAACGCAUAAAUUAGCCCCCCUCUAUUUGUUUAUUGAGCUUAUUAGCAACAUACACCUAUUGAUACCACCCUCACUUGUGAUAGCAUGAUCACCUUUUCCUACUGCACAGUUUUACCAUAUGUUGUUGUGUAUUUCAUUUGAUUUACUUAAACGGGUCGGGGACGGUGUUUCUUUUUUUUACUAUUUUUUUUGUUCUCAAACAAGCUUUUGUAAUUAUGUACUAUGCAUUUGGCCAUUACAGUGAGAGAGACAGGACCUGUCUGUAACUUGUCUAUGCAUGAAUGAAUUUAAUAAUUAUGCAAACAUUGUGACCAUGAUUUCAUUUUUUUUUCCUGUACUGUGGCUAUCCAGCUUUCCGAUGGGAUACAUUUAAACAGAACAUCUCAGCCAGAGAUUUUUAAUUGUCAAACUGCAGUGACCAGCAGGUGAAACCUAGUUAACACCAGAUUACAGCGAUGCCUUCACUUACUGGCUGAACGACUGCUACGGGCACUUCUUGCUCUCUCUCCACCGGAUGCUUGUCCUCAUGCAUUUUACAUACAAAUACCUAGAUGUAUUGAAAAUGUAUUUAUAGAGUGGUGCCUUGCUCCAAUGAUCAAGCUGUUUUGUUUGGGCUGGUCUCUAUGGGAGGACUGUGAAACCGACCUCUGAGAAUGAGAGAUGUUGACAAAAUGGCAAAAAACUGUUAAGAAAUCAUCCCAGGAUUCUGUUUUUGUGUCCACCUUCAGUACAGCAAUAGGUUUUGAGCCUUCCACAAACUCAACCAGCCAGUGCCCUGUAUAGAAAAGACACUGCUCCUUGUCAUACAGGCAUCUGCCAUCAUGUCUAUAAACAAUGAAUAUGCAAGAACUAUACUGUGUAUUUGGGUUUUGAUUCUUUUAUCAAGUAAGAGGCUCUUUAAUGAUGUAUAGUUAAGGAAAAUUGUGGUACGUUCUGUUUUUUAAUUCUUCAUUUUUUUAAAUAAAUUGGGGA